UCACUUAUCAUCACAACAUCUGUUGCAAGUAUACGUGUGUGUAAGUACGUUAUGGAGAGCAUCCAACAUAGGACAGUAAACGUUAACGGGAUAAACAUGCAUAUUGCAGAAAAGGGCAGCGGUCCCGUUGUCCUUUUCCUGCAUGGCUUCCCAGAGCUUUGGUACACGUGGCGUCAUCAAAUCCAGGCGGUGGCCGACCGCGGUUACCACGCGGUCGCACCUGACCUACGAGGGUAUGGUGACACUGACGCGCCACCUUCUCCCACCAGUUAUACGUGUUUUCAUCUGGUGGGAGACGUGGUGGCGCUUAUUGACUCUUUGGGCGGAGACCCGGUGUACCUGGUGGCGACGGAUUGGGGGGCGAUGGUAGGGUGGCACUUGUGCAUGUUUAGACCGGAUAAAGUGAAGGCGUAUGUGUGCAUGUCGGUUGCUUAUACUCCAAGGCAACCAUCGAAGAAACCUGUUGAGGCCUUGAAAACUGUCUUUGGUGAUGAUUUGUAUAUCUGCAGAUUCCAGGAACCUGGAGUCAUGGAAGCCGAGAUAGAGAGCUAUGGAACCGAACAUGUGCUUAAACGCAUCCUUACGGAAUCCAGACCUGGCCCUCUUCGUUUUCCCAAGUCCGAGCCAUUUGGUCCUAAAAACUCCCCUUGCCCAUUGCCACAAUGGUUAACCCAGGAAGACCUUAACUACAACCUUCAAAAAUUUCAACAGAAAGGCUUCACAGGACCAUUAAACUACUAUCGCGCCUUAGAUCUGAACUGGGAGCUUACAGCGCCGUGGACUGGGGUAAAAAUACGAGUACCAGUGAUAUUUGUAGUAGGGGAUAAAGAUCCCCUGUACACUACACCGGGGACGAAGACGUAUGUGCAGGGUGGUGGGUUCAAGAAUGAUGUGCCAUUGCUUCAACAGAUUGUUGUGUUGGAAGGUGCUGGCCACUUCCUCAGCCAAGAGAACCCUGAGAAGAUCAACGACAUUGUUCUUGAUUUCAUCAAGAACUUUUGACCGCCUACAAUCUUCCUAGUAAUAACGGUCAGUGGUCCAGAACCAAAUAACAAGCGGCCUCGAAUCUAGGUUGUUAUAUAUGUGUUGUAUGUUAGGGUGUUCGCAGGUUGGAUCAUGUAGUAACGGUCAGUGGUCCGGAACCAAAUAACAAGGUCCUUGAAUUUAGGUUGUUAUACAAGUGUUGUAUGUAUUGUAGCAUAUCUUCUCAAGUAUGUGUGUACGCUUUUUACUA